AUGAGGUGUGAGCAUCAGGGGAUGGAGAAGAAGGGGAAAAGCUGGAAAAAAGAAAGAGUAGUAGGGAAGAAGGUUAACGGUGACACGUCAGGGAAACAGGUUGAUGCUGAGGGGGAUUUUACUCCUAAUGAGAAUUCAUGUGACGGAAAGACAAGUAACAUGCAAAAUACUGGACAAAUUGAUGACAUAGCCCAAACAUUGAACUCAACACAGGAUGGCAGUUUUCCUCAUGAACAGACAAAUGUAGGAGAGGCCACUGUUUUAGAAGACAAUACAACUGAAGACAGGUUGACUCUUGAGGAGUAUGUGAAGGACCUGGAGGAAAGGUUGACCAUGAAGAAGGAAUUGCGUGAAGGAAAUAUGAAGGCUCCAGAAUUGUGGCAAGAAGCUGAAGAUCGCUUUGUUCAGUUGGAUUCAAGCUUGAAGAAAAAUACAGCAUUCAUCAAACGAUUGGGAUCAGGUAUAAACCUGAGCAAGUUGCGAGUUGAUCUCAGGUUUUAUGCUGAGCUGAUCUCCGUGGGUGUAUUUUCUCAUAAAGAUGGCCUACCAUUAUUGGGCAGCGUCCUGACAAAUCUAAUAAAUUCUGACAAGGAAGAGCAUUCAAAUGUCAGUGUCAUUCUCAGCUUUUGUCGUCAUUGUGGAGAAGACUAUGCAGGCCUUAUUCCAAGAAAGAUAAGAAUCCUGGCAUCAGCUUAUGGAGUGGAGGUUCCUAAGAGUAAUGUGCUGUCAUCUGAAAGACAAAAGAAUGUGAAGGCCCUCCUCAGGGAAUAUUUCCAAUCUUUGUGCAAGCAUGUUGUAAAGGAUCAUCGUGAGUUGCGAUCCCUAGAAAGAGGGAAUAAACGUCUCAUGCUAACAAGAGGAGAAAUUCCUCAAGACCGACUAGAAAGGUACGAAAGCAUGACUGUUGCAUACACCAAACUUCUUUCUAAUGCUCAGCAAAUGGCAGAACUCCUUGAUGAAGACCUUCCUCAUUUCCCUGAAGAGAUCAAAGAUGAGGAUGCUGAAGUGGGCAUCAGUCUGGUAGCAGGAGAUGGAGGAGUCAGUGAUUUGGGCUCCAUUUCUUCAUUCUGGGAAGAUGAGGAAACAAGGAGCUUCUAUGAAACUCUACCUGAUCUCAAAGCAUUCAUACCCUCAAUCCUGUACAAGGACAGUGAGAAGCCCUCUGGCAGUCAGAUUGUUGGGAUUGAAGGAGAUGGAGGAAAUGAAGUAGAGGUUGAGGCAGAAGAAGUAGAUGAAGAGGGUGAGGUAGAGACCAUAGAUGGGGGAGGAGGAGGAGGAGGAGGAGGAGGAGGAGAAGAAGAGGAGGAGGAGGAGGAGGAGGAGGAGGAGAAGAAGGAAGAGAAGGAAGAGAAAGAAGAGAAAGAUAAAGGAGAUGAGAAAACUGAAGAGAUACCUGAAGACAUUCUUCCUCCUGACAUUGAAGAUGAACCAGAAGAAGCUGAGUCACACUCAAAUCCAGCUAGUCGUGUGCUCCUUGAUGCAUUCCUUAAUCAACUCCCCAACUGCAUUAGUCGAGAGCUGAUUGACAAUGCAGCCGUCCAGUUCUGCAUGGAGUUCAAUACCCGACACAAUCGCAGGAAGCUUGAUCAAAUCAACAUCGAGACUAAGGUGAAAGUUGUGCGAUUCAUUGGGGAAAUGGUGAAAUUCAAGAUGUACCCCAAGAAUGAGGCAUUAAACCAUUUGAAGCAGCUACUCUUAGACUUCACUCAUCAUCAUAUUGAGAUGGCUUGCAACCUCCUUGAGACUUGUGGUCGUUUCCUCUUCAGAAGCCCUGACUCUCAUAAUCGCACCAAGAUCUACCUGGAACAAAUGAUGAGGAAGAAGAGUGUUCGAGCCAUGGACUCUAGAUAUGAGACAAUGAUUGAGAACAGUUACUACUAUGUGAACCCACCUGAUUCAACCUUGGCAUCUCAUCCAGGAGUAAUUCGUCCCCCCAUGCAUGAGUGGAUCCGAAAACUCCUCUACCAAGACCUUUGCAAGAGCAACACAGAGAAGAUCUUGCGUCACAUGAGGAAACUGGACUGGGAUGACCCUGAGAUAUCUUCUUAUGCCGUCAAGUGUCUCACGUUUGCUUGGAAUGUCAAGUAUUAUAACAUCAGGUGUCUUGCAAACUUGUUGGCUGGCCUGAUGUCAUACCAAGAAAUGGUUGGACCAAUGGUUGCUGAUGGAGUUUUGGAGGACAUUCGUUUGGGUCUGGAAGUAAACAGUCCAAAGAUGAAUCAGCGGAGAGUUUCCAUGAUGAAGUAUCUUGGAGAGCUCUACAACUAUCGACUUAUUGAGAGCUCAGUUGUCUUCAAGGUGCUCUACAUGCUCUUGGCAUUUGGAAAUGGAGGACCAAGUGAAGAAGGCAAUCGGUUUGGAGAGCUCGAUCCUCCAGAUCAUCUCUUCAGGCUGAAGCUUGUCUGUGUCCUUCUUGAGACAUGUGGUCAAUACUUCAAUUCUGGAGCAGCCAAGAAGAAGCUUGACUGCUUUUUCAUAUAUUUUCAGCGAUAUUACAUGGCCAAGAAGGAAGACCCAAUAUGGAGUGAUGCAGAUCACAGUCCUUUCCCCAUCAUGGUGAAAUACAUGGUUCAGGACACCAUCUCAGCUUUAAGACCCAAGUUGACACUGUUCUCCACUCUACAAGAGGCUGAUGCUGCUGUCCACAAACUCGAAGAAGAACUUCUUUUGAAGGCUCUUGAAGUUUUGCCUGCUCUGAAGAGGAAAAUGAAACCAACUGAUGACUUGUCCUUGGCUGUCAUAUCUGAGGAAGAGGAUUAUGCUGACCAGGGAGACCAUGAAGAAGAUGAAGAUGAUGUAAGAGGAGAUGACGAAGAAGGAGAAAGAGGUGAAGAGGAUUCUGUUGGAGAAGAUGAAUCACGUUCUGAGUCUCAUCGAGAAGAUGACCUCACACAGGGUGAAGACUAUCUAACAGGAGAAGAUGCAGAUGGAAGCAUGGACCGUGAGCAGGACGGAGAACGGGUUGUACUACGGGAUUCACAGAAAGCCCCGCUUUCUGCAGAAGAUGAAGAUUUCAUGACAGCAUUUGAUAAGAUGGUUGCAGAAAACAUUCAGGAGCGAUCUAGAGAUGUUGUUAAACCAUCCAACCUUGACAUAUCUGUACCUUUUUAUGCCAAAUCCUCAACCACCAGGAAGACUUAUGAGCCAGAGGAACAAGGGACAAUGGAAUUCAUACUGAUGACACGCAAGGGAAACAAGCAGCAAUGCAAACGCCUUGAUGUGCCUGUUGAAUCCGAGAUGGCUCGGAACUUGCGGAGCCGAGAAGAAGCUGAACGAGCUGAGAAGGAGCGAAUCAAGAGGGUUACCCUUGAUAUCAAUGAACGGCAGGAAGAGGAAGACUAUCAGGAGAUGCUUCUCCAGAUCCAAAAGCCUCCUGCAACGAACUUCAACCGAGAACGUCGACCACGCUAUCAACAUCCAAAGGGUGCUCCUGAUGCAGAUGCAAUAUUUGAGUCACAGAUAAUGGCUCGUCCAGCUGGGAUGAGUGAUGAGGAUGAAUACUCAGACGAUGAUUUUAUGUAUGAUGAGCUUCCUCUGAAACCAAAGGUAAAUGAGAAACUUUCCAGUAACUGGACAGCUCUCAUGUAUGCAUCACAGUAUGCCAGGGUCGAGAUUGUCCGAUUUCUCCUUGAUCGUGGAGCAGACCCCAACUAUGGUGUUGAUGGUCUCACCCCUCUUCAUUUGGCACUGGUUAAUCCAUCUGCUGGGGAAGAGAUGGUACUGGGUGUGGUGGAACUUCUCUUGUCGCAUGGAGCAGUCAUGGUGGGAGAUCGGCAUUGCAACACUCCUCUCAUGUCUGCUGCCAGACAUGGCCUCCUUUCCACUGUGAAGGUGCUUCUUGGUGCUGGUGCAAACCCCAGUGACACAGACUAUUGUAGAUGGACGGCAUUAUGUUGGGCUGCAUCAAAUGGGCAUGGACCAACUGUCAGAGCACUCCUUGAAGCUGGUGCUGAUCCCAAUCAUGUGACUCAGAAUGGUCAGAAAUCAUCAGAGAUUGCUAGGGAUAAGAAAUUUCAAAAGUUGUCCCAGGUUUUGACAGAAUUUGAAGAGAAGGCUUCCAUUCAGAAGGAGGAAAACUUAAAAUGUAUUUCUGGUCUUGUGCCAUCAGGACAGACUACUGUUUCCCCUUCUGCCUACAUUGUGAGAGCAGAAGAGAUCUCAGAACUGGAUAUGGUUCUUUCUGGGUUGGAGGUGUCUCAUUUGUCUCCCCUCUUCAAGAAACACCAGGUUACCUUAGAUGAAUUUUUACUCUUCACUGACACUGACUUGGAGAAAAUGGGCAUCACAGAAGUGGGAUUAAGGAAGAAGCUUCUUGAAGCCAUUCAUGAGAUUCAUAAGAAAGACUGGGAGAAGCAGAGCCUUCAGGUGCGUCCCACUGGAGAUGGCCCCAUACCCUUUCUCACGUGCACAGACUCUGUAGCAAUGUUGGCAAACAUUGGGAAGCACCUCAAAUUCAUUGAUAAUACAAUCCUAUACCUCAAGCGUGAGGUGAAGACUCAUCCAGAGAUUUUGGAACUGGGGAAGGAGGUGUCAGAUGUGAGACACCUCAUCACACAGACAGAAACAGCUGUUCAUAAUUCUCAAUCUCUUUCCAAGAGCUUGAAGGCCUUCCAUAGCUUCCUUCUCAGAGUGAAGGAUAAUGUGGACUAUCAAAUCGUGGAUGAGAUACCUGGACAAACCAGACGUGGCCUUGGGAAGCUUGGAUGGUUUGGCCUGAUUGUUGGGGUUCUCACCCCUUUUGCCAUCCUCAGGCUGCUGUAUUUUCGUGCCAGUGUCUUGGUGCGGCUGGGCAUCAAAUUGGUCUUUGUACUGGAUGGGAGAGUUCCUGACUUGAAACAGGGUACAGUCGGACAAAGAAUUGGGAACUCGGGACAAGUUAGAGUCAGGUCUCGACUCAAUGCUCUUGCCUCUCAGUGUAAGAAACUCUUGGAUGCAAUGGGUAUUCCUGUAGUUCAGAGUCAAGGAGAAGCUGAGGCAUUGUGUGCAUGGCUCAACAUGCAUGGACUAGUGGAUGGGUGUGUGACAGAGGACAGCGAUGCAUUUCUGUAUGGUGCCACAACUGUCUAUCGUGACCUGAGUGCAGUGGAAGGGAACCCAAAAGCCAUUUGUUACAGAGCAAAAGACAUUCAGGAGAAGCUUGGCUUAGAUCGACAACGACUUGUAGCCCUUGCACUGUUCCUUGGCUGUGAUUAUCAUCCAAAUGGAGUGAGUGGCGUGGGUAAGGAUCUAGCUCUUCGACUGCUAACUGAAGACCUUGCUUCCAACACAGAUGUAAUUCAACGACCACUGGAGCGCUUUGCACUGGAAUGCACAAUACGGAACAAGGCCCUCAUUGAUGCAGAAUUUCCUCAUGGAGGAGUUAUUGAAGAAUUCCUUGGGGAUCAUGAACCUCAUCACAUCCCUCCUGAUGCAUUUGUCUGGUCUCCCCCAUCACCUUCCAUGCUCAUGGAAUUCCUCUCUUGCAGACUCAGCUGGAAGCAGGACUACAGCUCCGAGAAGGUGGUGGACCUCCUUACAAGGUGGCAGAUGUUGAGUGAGAGGUCCUCUGGCAGUGAAUUUCUCCAUCCUGUGCGCAUCAACAAAGAGUGUGUGAAGAAGGGUGUGAGAUGCUUCCAGAUCACAUGGGAACCAGGAGGAGAAUUGUCCUUUGUUGAAGGGGAGAGGGAAGGAAGAAAAUGGGUAAAGUACAAGAAAAUGCAGAUCCAACUAGGGAUAUCAGGUCCUACUUCUCUCAACUGUCCAUCACAGCAGAGGACAAAUCCGAACCUCUGUCGACGGAACGAGCCAGUCAUCCUGACAGAGAUCCCUCGUUGUUGAACGAUUCUGCAAUCUGGCUUGACUUCGUGCAUGUCGAAACUGAAUUCAAAACUGAUUUCGAGCCUCAACUGCCACUCAGUGAUGCCCACAUUGAAGACAGCGAGGCAUCAAGCAAUCUGUCCGUUGCAACUGAAGAUCUUUUGCACAAUUUUUCGUAUAUGGAAACGUCUUCUGUAUCUCUCACGGCUGUGGCAAACCCACACGAGAUCUCAUGUAUCAUUGACGAAAUUGUUUCUAGGAAAUAAACCAAUUUUGUCUGAUUUCUACAA